CGAGUAUAGCAAUCGGAUUUUCAGUCGAAUGUUGUAUAUUGUUAAUCAUUUACGUUUGAAGAUAACAACGCAGUAUACCAUUCGUGAUUCAAAUCAAUAUCGAUGUCGGACUGUUUUGAUUACAGUAGCGAUGAUACAGAACAUGAUGAUCAAUAUGGCGAAGAAGACGUCAACUGUAAUGAAUAUGACGACGACGAUUUCUAUAAGUCUGAUGAUCAAUUCGACGGAAGAAAUCCUAUCUCUGAUUAUGCUAGUGAAGGUACAAAUCGAACUGAUUCUGAAGAGGAAUCAUUCAAUAGUAAUGUUGGUUACUCGCCUGGUGGGAAAACCAAGUUGUGGAAACCUAUUGUUCCUAAAGAUUUUAUGCCAGAUGUAGAUGCUAUAUAUCAAUCAUUAGAGGAGGCGGUUGAAAUGUAUAAAUUAUAUGCAGAUAAAGCAGGUUUUGGUGUCAGGUUAAAUACAGUAACGAGGUUUGGUGACAAAACCAUUAAAAAAAGGUAUGUAGUGUGCAACAAAAUGGGUAAAAUACCUAACAGAUCAACUGACACUUUGGAUCCUGAGGGGAGUGGAAGGAAUAAACGAAACUCAAACUUCAAAAUUACGGACUGCAAGGCAUUGAUAAAGUUUGAAAGGUUACAUAUGCAAACUAAUGCUUGUAAAAUAUACGACUUUGAAGAGAAUCACAACCACCCCCUAGAGACUAAAGAAGAAAGACGGUAUUCCAAACGUGCACGACGACUUAGUUAUAAAGACAAGGAGUUUAUAGUGCGUUCUUCAACAUCUAACAUUGGUGCAACAAAGGCACACAAGUUACAAGCUAGUUUGCAAGGAGGUUAUGAAAACGUUGGCCCUGAAGCAAUUGAUUAUAAAAAUUUCAGAAGGAAGGUGGGAAACAUUAUAGGUGACAAGGAUGCACAGCUGGUUGUUGACAAAAUGUACAUGAGGAAAGAUGAGUUUCAUAAUUACACAUUUGAGUAUAAGUGUGCUGAUAGUGUGUUAAACGCAAUGUUUUGGGCGGAUGAAACCGAUAAGUUAUAUUACAAGGAGUUUGGAGAUGUGAUAUCAUUUGAUGCUACAUUCCGAACAAAUAAGUAUGGAAUGAUUUUUGUGCCGUUUACAGCCAUUGAUAACCACAAACGUUCAAUAAACAUUGGGGCAGGUUUGUUAAGCAACGAGUCAAUAGAAUCUUAUCGUUGGUUGCUUGAAGCGUUUUUGAAAGCACAUGUGAAACACCCUCAAUUAGUGUUAACAGACCAAGAUCCAGUAAUUCUACAGGCCGUUGAAGCAAUAUUUCCUAAUUCUAAUCAUCGUUUAUGUAUGUGGCAUAUUAUGAAAAAACUACAAGCCAAGGUUUCAGCCGAUUUUUUGAAAAACACUGAUUUUCGGAAGCGUUUUACAAAGCUUGUAUGGAAUGUCUAUAUCGAGCCUGAAGUGUUUGAAUCAAGGUGGAAACUAAUUAUGAGAAAAUUCAAACUACAGGACAAAAGAUGGUUCAAAGACAUGUACAGGGAUCGAAAACUUUGGAGUCCAGCCUAUUUUAAAGACAUGCCACUACACGGUCUGAUGAAAACUACUUCAAGUGUUGAAAAGAUUGAUGGGUGGCAAGUUGUUAUGAUUACACAAACGGAUAAGAGCAAACAGUUGAAGAUAAAAUGCAAGGUUGAACUAAAGCUGCCUGAAAAAGAAGUUAAAUGUUCAUGCAAUCACUUCAUACGUACUGGCAUUUUGUGUCGUCAUAUUUUUGCUGUAUUGAAAAACAACCAUAUUGAAGAGAUUCCAGAGCAGUAUAUUCUAAGAAGAUGGAGAAGGGAUGCAAUUUCCAGCCAUUUGUUUGCCAUGAAACAUGUUGCCAUGGAAAUAGAAGAUGACACCUUUAAACUUUUAACAAAGGCAUACAACAAUAUUGAAUACUGCUUGGAUCAUUUCAAAAGAAGCAAAGAGAAAUUGUUGGAGUUUGUUGAAAAAACACGUACGUUGAAGCAGGCAGCAAUGGAGUUUGCCAGUUCCAACCAAACAUCAUCUGAUAAUGAUGAAGAAGAAAUUAUUCGGAUGCUUGGAAUACGCAGCAUUCCUGAUGAAAUAAAUAUCCAUCCACCUGCAUCUAUACAUACCAAAGGUAGUGGAACUAAGAAAAGAAUGGUUAGUGCUAUUAAGAAAGCCGUUGCAGCUGCAAAGAAAAAAACCAGAAUGUGCACAGGUUGCAAUCAAUAUGUUAACCGUAAUUGGAGGACUUGCAAAGUAAGACUUGCACGAGAGUCAAAAGCAGCUUAA